GUCCUCCUUUGACAAGAGAACACAGGAACACAGAGGUUCCGCCAUUAACAUACUUUGUACGUUUUUGAAUGGACUACUGCACCAGGAAAGUUAUCACAAGUGUAUUAUAUUAUCUCUGUUUUUCAGUUAUUUAUCCUUAUAGCUGUUAGUGGAUACAAAUAGGUUUAACACAGCAGAAAAUAGUUUCUGCUUGCUACACAACCAAACAGAUACCAAUUUCUGUGUAGAUUAUACAAAUAUCCAGGUUGAAUUUGCAGUAAAGCAGCUUUCAAAGACCGGGGCUGCUAUGUAAUGUAAAGCAUGGAUUUGUAUGAUGGAGUAGCACUGCAGACUGCUGCAUCUGAAGCACCGGGCUGACAGACAGCCUGCUGCAGCUCCACUUCCUGUGUGGAUAUCCCUCCUACAUGCUCCACAAGUCUGUUUGGACACGUCGCUGUUGAAGGACUCCCGUCUCGAAGCCUCCUCUCCCGUCAUGUCCAGGUCCAGUCGGAAGUACAAGCCUCUGCAGCCGAGUAGCGGCUCCCUGCCCGGCUGUGACCGGCUGCGGAUGCCCCGGGCCCGGGUCCUGCUGCUCUGCUUGCUCGGGGUCCUGGUGCUGGCGGUGGUUCUGGGGGUUUACCUGUCCAACGACACCAGCGAUGGACCUGGGAACCGCAUGCCAGCAGCUGCAGAUCUGACCAAAGACAGGUUGUCCCACAAAGCCAGCAAGUGCUCUCCGGCUCAAAUCCGCCGCCUAGCCUCUCAGGUGGAUGGGACCCGCCUGUGGGAGACCCACCUGAGGCCCAUCCUAAUCGAGAGGCUCCCAGGGACUCAGGGCAGCCUGGCUGUGCAGCAGCACAUCACCUCCACUCUGUCCUCGCUGUCUGCCGGCUGGGCCGUAGACUUGGACUCCUUCCAGUCCGUGACCCCCCGGGGCCAGGUCCCCUUCACCAACAUCGUUGCCACUCUGGAUCCUUCGGCCCCUCGCAGGCUGCUCCUGGCCUGCCACUACGACUCCAAGGCCCUGCCUCCAGACCCCCGGGCCCCAGAGAAGGUGUUUCUGGGGGCCAGUGACUCGGCCGUGCCCUGUGCUAUGAUGCUGGAGCUCGUCACCUCUCUGGAUGCCCAGCUUUCAUCGUUCAAACAGCAGAAACUUCCAGUGUCCCUUCAGCUGGUGUUUUUCGAUGGGGAGGAGUCGUUUGAAGAGUGGACGCCCACAGACUCGCUGUACGGGUCCCGUCACCUGGCCGAGCGCAUGGCCAACACGCCUCACCCUGCAGGGUCCACACACACCACCAUGCUCCAGGCUGUGGACCUCUUUGUGCUUCUAGACCUGCUCGGUGGUUCUGAUCCUCUGAUAGUGAAUCACUUUGAUAACACCGCUCGCUGGUUCGACCGUCUGAUCGCUGCAGAGAAGAGACUCCAUCGCCAGGGUCUCUUGACCUCUCACCCCUCAGAGCAGACGUAUUUCAGAAAGGAUGUUUACCUCGGCCCUGUGCAGGACGACCACAUCCCCUUCCUACACAAAGGCGUCCCUGUGCUACACGUCAUCGCCACUCCCUUCCCUCGGUUCUGGCACACACUGGACGACACCGAGGAGAACAUGCACCGCCCCACUGUGGUGAACCUGACCAAGAUCAUGGCUGUGUUUCUGGCAGAAUAUCUGGGCUUCUGAACACAAAACCCUGACCAAUAGCCGCACUGGAGUACUGGUGCGGUUUGACAAAUAAUUGCUAAAUAACCAGCAUGAAAUGGAUCCAAAUGCACAAGAGCUGAACCUGGUGAAAUGAACUGAACUGUUGUGUUAUCAGUGUACCAGGAUACCAGCUAAAACUUUACCAAAGACUUGGCCCGGCUAGACCAACUCCUGUCCUGAUGUCUGGGAUGUGAUGUGUAUAGACAGUCUUUAUUCUACUUGUUGAAAGGUGGUUGGAUCAUGGUACCGGAGGAACAGUUGGGAAAGUUAAUCUGUGAAUCUUAAUUAUUCUUCAUUCCUGUGAAAAAAUAGAUCAUGCCUUUUUAAAGGUAUACUAUGCAGGAUUUUCAUUUUAACAAAUGUGAAUAUACCCUCACUAAAUAAUCUGUUGCAAUCAUUACUUAUGACUCGAUAGCAUUGUGUCUAUCCGUCUCUCUCCUCUGCUAUGCGUCAUGGAUGCAGAGCAGAAAGGCCACAGCAGCCGAAUAUAAGGUGCUUUUUGACUGCAUUCACAAACAAUUCAGCAAUCUAGGUUAUGUUUAUUUGUACCCUAAAUCUGCAAAAGAAAAAACCAGAAGUGACCAAUUCUUCCUCAGAUACCUUGCUUCCUGCAAACAUCGCUUACUCUCUCUUUUGUUGAGUUGGGGAGGAGGCACCGGCUUUGAAAGAUGUGUUUAGAAACAGCAAACAACAAUUCCUGCAUAGUAUACCUUUAAAAAUAAUUGCCCUGUUAAUGCGAUUGAGAUGAGUACACUGGUUCAUGUCUGUGAAUAAUUAUUUACCUCCACUUACCUGAGGAUCCUCUUCGCCUUACGACCUGCUGUUAUUAAAUGCUAUAUUAUAUGGCUAUACAGCGAAUGUGUGAAGGUGUUAUUACAGUGAACAAGAUCCAGCAAAUAUGUACUUACACCAUGUACAAGGCGUGGUCUGCAAAUAAAGCUCUAAUGAUUUGGAA